UUUCUCGUCGUGCAGCUGGUGUUUGUUGCGUUGGUGGUUCGGGGCCCCUCAAUGGUUGCGGCCGAGAUAAUAAAGCACGUUGCGAAUGGAACGUGGUAGGAUUUUAAUGCAGUGUGAGUAAAACUGUGGAAAAAAUCCCCCACAGGGGAGAUUUUUCUUCUAAAAAAAGUUGAAGUACUUGAAGAAGUUAGAAGAAGAAAUUGAAGUUUGAGAAGUUAAGGAAAGCAGUGCCUCUGCUAGGCAACACACUUAACUCCAUAUUUCUCUAUGAUGCAUAUGUGACAAAAGCAUUGCAUUCUACACAGCAGGAAUGGAUGAUGAUUCACAACAAGACAUUUGCAGGGUGUGCAGGUCGGAGGGCAGCCAUGAGCGCCCUCUCUUUUACCCCUGCAUCUGCACUGGCAGUAUCAAGUACAUCCAUCAGGAAUGUUUGAUCCAGUGGCUGAGAUACAGUAGAAAGGAGUACUGUGAACUCUGCAACCAUCGAUUCUCCUUCACCCCCAUCUACUCGCCGGACAUGCCGAAGCGGCUGCCGAUCGCUGACAUCCUGAGCGGGUUGCUCGGCAGCGUGGCCACGGCCGUGCGCUUCUGGUUCCACUACACACUAGUGGCGUUCGCCUGGCUGGGUAUCGUCCCUCUCACGGCUUGCCGCAUCUACCGCUGCCUCUUCGCCGGCUCGGUCAACUCGAUCCUCUCGCUGCCGCUCGACAUGCUCUCCACCGAGAACCUGCUGAGCGACAUUUUGCAGGGCUGUCUGGUGGUGACCUGCACGCUGUGCGCCUUCAUCAGCCUGGUGUGGCUGCGCGAGCAGAUCCUGCACGGCGGCGGCCCGGACUGGCUGGAGCAGGAGGCGGCCGCGCACGAGGAGGACGGCGGCGCGCCGGUCGGCCCGGCCGCCGACGCCGACGAGGCUGAGCCGCCCUUCGAGGACGCGGCCGACGAGCCGGGUGGCGGUGGCGGCGCCGGCGGCGGUGGAGGCGGCGGUGGCGGCGCCGACGGCGGCGCCGACUGGAAUGGCUUCGCCGACGGCGAGCGGGCGGCGGCCGGCGCCGACGACAACAACUGGAACCCGAUGGACUGGGACCGGGCCGCCGAGGAGCUCACCUGGGAGCGGCUGCUGGGCCUCGACGGCUCACUGGUCUUCCUCGAGCACGUCUUCUGGGUGGUGUCGCUGAACACCCUCUUUAUUCUCGUGUUCGCUUUCUGCCCUUACCACAUUGGGCACUUCGCCAUCAUGGGAUUCCGGGUGCAGGACAUGGUGAUGUCUUCGCACUUCGAGGGCCUUCUCACCACCCUGGUCGGAUACUGCAUCAUCGGUGUCAUGUUUGUGCUGCUGCACACCUUCGCGUCGCUCCUCUCCAUGCUCAGGGCUAAGCGCAUCCUGGGCGUCUGCUACGUGGUGGUGAAGGUGUCGAUGCUGGCCGUGGUAGAGAUCGGCGUGUUCCCGCUGGUCUGUGGCUGGUGGCUGGACGUCUGCUCGCUCACCCUGCUUGACACCAGUCUGCAGGACCGGCAGAAGGCGUUCAAGCUGGCGCCCGGCUCCUGCAUGUUUCUCCACUGGCUGGUGGGCAUGAUCUACGUCUUCUACUUCGCCUCGUUCAUCCUGCUGCUGCGCGAGGUGCUGCGGCCUGGCGUGCUGUGGUUCCUGCGCAACCUCAACGACCCCGACUUCAACCCCAUACAGGAGAUGAUCCACCUGCCGGUGCUGCGACACACGCGCCGCUUCAUCGCCUCCGUCAUCAUCUUCGGCACGACCGUGCUGCUGAUGCUGUGGCUGCCGGUGCGCUUCAUCCAGUACUGCUGGCCGCGCUUCCUCCCCUACAACGUGGCGCUGGUGAACGAGGGGCCGGUGGUGGAGCCGUCGCUGCAGAUCCUGCUGCUGCAGGUGUUCCUGCCAGCGCUGCUCGAGCAGGGACACACCAAGGUGUGGCUGAAGAACCUAGUGCGCUGGUGGUGCGUGGCCGUCGCUUGGGUCACCGACCUCAGGUCGUACUUACUGGGUGAUGUGGCGCUCAACGAGCAGGAGGACGACAUCGAACGGGGUAACUACGACGGCCCGCUGCCGGCGCCGCCUCCGCUGGCUCCGGCGGCGCCGCGCGUCGAGCCCAACGGCGCGGCCGGCGGCGCGGCCGGCCUCGGCGGCGGCCUCGGCGCCGCGCACCAGGCGCUCAUCAUGCACGACGCGCCGGUCGGCUUCCAGCCGUACAAACGGCCCCAGUGGAUGACCGUUCGGAUCGGCUGCCUGCUGGUGCUGAUGUGUCUCACCCUGCUGGUAUCCAGCGUGCUGAUGCUGACGGUGCCCGUCCGCGUGGGCCGAUGCCUGCUCUCGCUCUGGGUGUCGGACGGCCCGGCGCACGAGCUGUACACGGCCGCCUGCGGCCUCUACGCCACCUGGCUGCUGGUGCGGCUGGCCGUGCUGGCCGCCAGCUGGCUGCCGCUGGGCUGGACGGGCGUGUGCGCGCGCCUGCGCCACUGGGCGGCGGCGGCGCUGCGCGCGCUGGUGGCGUUCGUCGUGCUGGUCGGCGUCAUCCCGCUCUGCUACGGCCUGCUGCUGGAGGUGGUCGUCAUCGUGCCGAUCCGCGUACCGCUCAACCAGACGCCCGUCUUCUUCGUGUUCCAGGACUGGGCCCUCGGCGUGCUCUACACCAAGAUCACCUGCGCCAUCACCAUGAUGGGGCCCAACUGGUGGCUGAAGGCGGCACUGGAGCAGGUGUACCUAAACGGACUGCGGAACCUGCAGCUGCGUGCCGUGCUGCUGGAGCUGGCGCUGCCGCUGGUGGUGCUGCUGGGGCUGGCGCUGGCCGUGCCCUACGUACUGGUUCACUCAUUCGCGCCACUCUUCCUCGCGCGCUCCGGCAGCCUGUACAUGGUGCAGCGCCAGAUCUACCCCUGCCUGGUCAUCGCCAGCUCCCUGCUCACCAUGCUGGUGUUCCAGUACCACCAGUUCAAGAAACUUUACGAACACAUUAAAAACGACAAGUACCUGGUCGGCCGCCGACUAGUCAACUACGAUCCGCAGCGGCAGGAGUCGCGCGCGCCGCCCGCCGCCGACGAGGUCAGAUAAGGCCAGUCCGCGCCCCGGCUGCCGCGCCCGUGGCGUCACACUGGCCGCCGCCGCGUCCGCGUUGGUGGCCUGGACGCUGGGGUGACGUCAGGUCAGCGCUCGCCGCGCUCCAAUUGGCGAUCCUGCCACGCUGUGACGUCGCGGCACGCGUACGUUGCCCAAUCAGAACCGAACAUGGCUAGGUUGGCUGGGUGGGACGGGACGUCUGUGCAAAUAGGGUCGCAACGGUCCCGUAUCGUAGGGGAGGGGGGGGGGGGAGGUCCAUGCGAGGCGCGACGGAAGGGCGCUACUCAGUGGGACUUGGUGUCGCUUAGGAAUAUUUUUUGUUCUGGCGCGUGCCGAGCGUGGUCAAAUAGUUCCUGAUCCACUACCACGAUCGAUAUAAACAAUCUUCGCACGCCUCCCGUAAUCCUGCCGCUGUCGUGAUCGCGCCGGAGCUGUCAGGACCGCCAGCUGCCGGUUUAAGGGAAUAUUUAUUCCCAUUAUUGUAUACAUCACUCCUUCAACGUAAUCCCCUUCGCUCGUCCGUUGUCUUGUGGCGGGUUGUUUUUGUUGGCAAGCGCGACGACCGUGGGCAUGCCCUGGCGCUACGCUGCCGACUGGGCGGAGGCUUCGCCGCGUUUAGAUUCGGCGUUUAUCUUGCUCUGAUCAGCUGAUCAGAUCAGUUUUGGCGCGCAGGCUCUCGCGGAGCUACGGCGCUCGAUCGCUGGCGCCCUUGCCCCGGAGGGCCGCCCUCGCCGGGCGUGGCUCGGCGCUGGUGACAUGUGAUAAGCCGGCGGGACUGGCUGGCAGUGUGUGGCCCCCGCUGGCUGCGUGGCCGAGCGGGGGCGGGGGCACCGACCUCGACCUUUGCUGUGUUAUCAAGCGCGGCGCGAGCGCGCUGCCCGCACGCUGCUGGGGCGUGCACAGCGCCCGGGUAAUUUGGUUUGCGAAAUGUGGAUAUUAUCGGCGUGUCGUGCGAGACGUUCCGGGAGAGGUCCGUGUACCACGUGUAAUGUGUAUACCGGCGUAUUGCAUAACUAAGCCGGGUGAUUUCUGUCCUGUAGGCACGGCUGUCGUGCGUCACCCCGAAGCGCGCGAGACGGAGCGGCGUGAGAGAGGCGCGUGCGGAAGGCGUGGGCGUGAGGCGGAUGGCGUAUGUUUGUGAGCUGUGCGUGAAUGUUCACCGUGUAUGGCGCGGGUGGAGGAGGCACGAGCGUAACCAACAGAACGCAAAUAAAUCGAUUACAUGGA